AUGAAGGAGACAAUCUACUAUAACGGAAGCAUCCAAUCAAACAAGCAGAAGUUGGGCCGUGUCAGGGACAUUUCAAGCUUGGCUUUGGGCGUUGGUUGCGGGAUCUUGGCCUUGGAGUCCUUGGUGGGCUUUGGGUUCUACAUUGUGGGAACCACCCUUACCAACUUGUUAUUCAUAUGGAUAUGCUGCGGAAGCGAGCCCAGCAAGUUCUUCGUAUCACCAAAGAGAGAACUCUUGCUCGAGGGAGUUGUUGAAAAUGUUCCUGGGUUUGUGAUGAUGUGGUGUUUGGUUUACGCUAUCGUGAGCUAA